AUGCUAGCGGAAGAGGGCUGGCCCAAGGGAUUCAUCAAUAAGGUUCCCCUCUACUUGUCGGUGUUCUCGACGGGACACAACCGGCUUCUCCGGCUUCCACUGGUCGCAGCGAAGAAGCUGUCGUUCGCGGUGGUGCGGAGGCUCGGGAAGGGGAUGCCCACUGUGUCGGGGGCGGAGGCGUGGGCUUUCAAGAACACCAUGCUCGCGGUGCAGGAGCUCCUCCUGGCGGCGACGUCUCACGGCCUAGCCACGUGCCCGAUGGAGGGUUUCGACAUGAGAAGAUUGCGAAAGGCGCUACGCAUUCCGUUGCGGUACUCUGUCCCGAUCGUGGUCAGCAUCGGCUACCCGUCGGACGAUCGGCGAGAGAUCAAGACCCUCAGGCUGUAGAUAAAACCCAUCAGGCUUGGUGGAUCCAUUCGGAACCCUUCGUCAUCGUUGACUGCCGCAGAAUGGAAAAUUCGCGAGCACCCCGCCUACUGGCCGGUGGGUUGUCCUCACACGCUGUUGCCGCUCGUCAUGCUGAACCAGCUGCACACGCGCCACACUGUCGAAACACUUUGUACACUGUACAGAAAGCGCACGCGCUUCAAAACCUCUAGUUCUGGACCACGCUGGGGUUCUUAGUUCGUAGAGUCAAACUACGUACGGCCGCCAUUUCGUGUUACAAUAGUGUAGGGGUUCUUAACCGAGCUCACAAUUGGUGCUAAAACUUUUGGAAUUGAGUAGUUUGAGGCUCAACUUUGCUACCGAGUUUUAAGUUCGGGCGCUUGCUGUAUUGCUCCAAUCCCCCGCUCCUAUCUUCUUCUGCGGGAUCUGCUGCUCGCUGAUUGGUCGAGGGAAGAUUCCCUCCGGAGGAGGUAUUGCACCGAGAGGAGUUCGGCACGCCUCUGGAAGGCGUUCCUUCGCUCUGAAACGGCCGGCCCUCGAAUGAUACGGACGGUGGUGGCACGGCAUUCCGGACGGCAGGUCCCCUUCACACCACAAACAAGAGGGCACGUGUAGCGGGAUUCCAAACGUCAUACCCUAAACUGGCUGAAGGGGCCGCUCAGGCGGGGAGGGCGGAGGGGAGGGGGGUCGAUUUCGCACGAUGUUUUCCCGCCACGCCCCCUCGUAAGCAUAUUAUGUUUAGACUGCGAAGUUUAGAUUUGGUAUACAAUGGACUGCAAGGGUGGAAGCUCAACUCUGUCUGCAAUUAUUGUGUUGUGUGCAGGAUAUUUUCUAUGGCAGUACCCGAGCAGAAGUUGUCUUCGCAUCCUUUCAUCCCAGCCUUUUGUCUUGGCGCCUAACGCUUUUUUUGUAAAUGCUUCGGUGUGAGAACUGCAUCUAGUUGUACCAUGAGCGAACGCGCUCAAUCUAUCUUUACUUUGCGUAUAUGGAAGAGUUCCUCGACCUGUCUUGUCAAUGUUAGCGUUCCUUGUGUGCAACUAUAUGCACAGCACGGCCGGCGCCGCUGCACGUAGUUAGCUGCAAGACCAGUAGCUUCAAGAUGAGAAGACAGCACGCCAAGAGUAGGCCAGUACAUUUGUGUCCUCAAGCCAGAAACAAGGCAGAAUGGGCAACAGCGAUCCUUGAAGUACAUGCAAAACUUAGGCACGGAGUUGUUCCUCUCUAGAUACUGAACAGUAGUACCAAGGGAAGGGCAGGACGUUAGGAAUCCCGCAACACGUGCCGUCUUGCCCCAUACAGCAACAACGACCCACCCACCCAGCGCUUAUUCGUGGUACACACGACACACGUUUUAGUUUUUCACGAGAAGCUUCAGUAGCAGCAGCAGCGGCAGCAGCGGCAACAACAGUGCUGCCAUUCAGCAGGGUCUUCCAAGCGGAGAAGGAGGCUAUGGCGUGAGUGAUAUAUACAUGAUUUUGCAUGUGCGAAAAUUAGCUUCUUGAUGCGGCAUGGUCGGGUUCACUACUGGAGCUUCAGAGGUUGGUUUAGGUAUGUUGUCGCACCAGAGUUCGCGUCUGUCUGUGUAUGUAGCAGGUGUAUUUUUGAUGAAGGGAACGCGGCUGAAGCUUUUCAUUCACAUGCCGUUGACCAGAGAGAAAAAACAUUUGAAA